AAUUAGAGAGAGAGAGAGAGAGAGAGUGGGAAAAGAAGAAAUUAAGAAAAGAAAGAGAGAGUGACCAACUUCGGGUAAUUCAGAAAUAAAAAAGAUCCUUGCACGAGAGUGCGAUUUUCUCGUUUCGCUCGCCUUCGUUUAACACCACACGCAAAAAAAAGCCAUUACUUUUAUUUAGUGAGCUUAUUUUUUUCUUUUGUUUCAUUAAAAAAAAAAAAAAAAAAAAAAAAAAGAAAAAGGAUAGACAGAAAAAGAAAGCAGAUCAUAGGAAGCAGAAAAGAAGAGACGUGAUUUUAAUCUCUUUCCCCCCCCCCCCACUAUUAUUUCCUGUUCUAUAUAAUACGAGGAAGAACGAUCUAGAAAUCUUGCAACCAUCUGAAAGAGUAAGAGAUAGAAAGAAAAAGAGAGAGAGAGAGAGAGAGAGAGAGAGAGAGAGAAAGAGGACGAAAUCGAUAAUAAAAAAAACAUUUUGAAAAAUAAUAUAAAGAAAUAAAAAAUAAAAAUAAAUUAAAGAAAAUGGAUUCGCCCGUCAUCGUGGAUUCAGCAUCCAAAUUCGGACAAGGGAUCCCUGGCUUCCCGUUCGACGACGACGACGAUUUUGGUCGACGUACCGAUAUACGAGCACAUUUGGACGACCUAGCAGCUCGACAUCCAGAGUUUGCGGAUCAUCUUUUAGGACCACCCUGGGGUGACAUACCGUUCCGAGGAUCUACGUAUAAUAAUCAGCGACGAGGUUCAGGGAACGGUGGUAGCAGUGGUAGCAGUAGUUAUCCAAAUUAUCCAGACGAGGACGCCAGGAGCCAAGCUAGUGGGAGUAGUGCUACUAGCGCUGCAAGUGGUGCAAGUGGCGUGAGUUCGCACGGUGAUCCAGAAUCGUCCUCGUCAUCUAAUCGUUCGAAAAAUCAGCAAUACAACAAACAAUCACAUAGGGAAGAUAGAAGAAAUCCUAUUCCGCAAUACGGUCUACGUAAUACCGUAGACAUAGGCCAACAUCAUCGUGACAAUAUGGAGAAUUCCGAGAAGGAUUCUCGUGGACAACGUUCGAUGUCAGCGCCACCAGAAAACAGACAACAAACGAACCUGCCGCAAGAGCAAGAUAAAUCUCAACAGCAGCCAGGACAACGUUUCGUAUCUAGAGUCGAUAUAACACCGCAGCAUAAUCAGCCGCAAUCUUCUCCUUCUCAGCAACAAUCUUCCCCGCCACCACCACCACCUCCAACUCAGCAAUCACAAGGCGGCAACGUUAGGCAUAUACCAAUAUUUGUAGAGGGUCGUGACGAGCCAGUUAUUUCGAAAAACAUCGAUUCGUCUUUCCAAAGACAACAAUCACCACCGCACUUUCACAAUUCAUCACAUUUCACCAAACCGUCGUCUUUCUCAAAUCUAGGUUUCGGAGCUAGACAAUGGCGACCACAUUUCCAAGAAUCAUUUUAUAAUCCAAAUUCGUCUUUUGAUCAUUCACCGACUCGUCGUACUCAGCAAUCACCGAAUUAUCAACAACCUAAACAAUAUGCUGAGAGACAACGAAAUGAACAACAACCGCCAAGGCAUCAUCAAUAUGAGUCUCAACCUCAAGAAUAUCAUCAGCCUCGACAGAGAGCGCGUCAGCAACAGGAACCAAAGCCACAUCCCCAGCAACAGGCAGCAGCACCCGGUCAACAAGCUCAACAACAAGAAGCACCUAAACAAGUACCAAAACAAACAUUACCUAAGGAUCCACUUGAAAGAGUAGCUUUAGUACAAAAAGAAGUUGAUUCUCUAGCUGAACAAGUUAAACAGUAUACCGGAAAUUCUCGCAAGGACAAACAAUAUAUGUUCCUGGACGAGAUGCUUACAAGAGAAUUGAUUAAAUUGGAUGAUAUAGAAACAGAAGGACGAGAAAAUGUUCGUCAGGCGCGUAAAAAUGCAAUUAGAACAAUACAAGAGACGAUAAGUCUAUUGGAAUCUAAGGCACCUUUAUCUGGACAAGAACAAUCCCAGGAAGAUUUGCAAUCUAUGCAAGUUGAACAAUAUCAAGAAGAAGAGAAAGAAAAUCAACCAUCGAACGAAUCGAUGGAUGUUGAUCAAAACAACGAACAGAACAUACAAUCAAACGAAGCAAUCCCAUUGCCUCCUGGACCUUCCUCACCAAAAGCUACUACUGAAAGUAAUGAAGUUGCAGUUKCAGUUGCUCAAAUAGGACAACAAAAUGUAUCAACUGAAAAUCAACAAAUGGAACAAGAACAAGAAGUUCCACCUGCUGCAAAUCAGGCAGAACAAAAAGAACAACAACAACAAGAGGUUGCAGUAGUCGCUGAAAAACCAUCGAACGAAAACACAAAUAACAUCACCGAGGUGACGAUGCAAAUCGAUUCUUCGGCGCCAAUGGAAGUGCAAGAGAAAGUAGAAAAUGUCGUAGAAGAGGACAAGAAAGACGAAAAUCAAAAUUUAUCGAAAGAAAUCAAAAUGGAGGAGAGUGCCGAGCAAAAGUCCGCGGGAGAAAAAAAACAAAUUUCGGACAGUCAAGAAAAGAUUAAGGCAAUGAAUAAGUCACCUUUGUCACCGAAAACUGUCAAGAAAGCAAAGAAACAAGCUGCACCGAUCUCAGACAAAGCGAUACCUUUACCACCUCCGGAAAGUACGGAAGCUCAUGCUAAGUAAAGAGAAAAAAGAUAAAUGAUUUGUUUGUAAAUCAUAUUUCGUUCGUUAUCCAUUGAAUGGCGGCACCUUGAUUACUUGCUUGAACAAACGCAUAACCGUUUCUAUAUACAAGAAACGAAACAUCUUUGCUGCAACUCUCCGCCAUCUUGGUUUUUCUUAUUUUCUUUUCUGUUUUUUUUUUUUUUUUUUUUUAAAUAGCACGAAUUUGAUUUAGGUAAUGGGACUGAUCGUCGUGAAUCUGCUGGUAACGACAGAUUUACGGAUAUCGUGUUUUACACGUAAAUCUUUUUUUUUUUCUCGUUUAUUUUUACUCUCAUUUGUCCUUCGAUAAACAAAUUAAUAAUAGUAAUAAUAAUGAUCUUACAAAUAGGGUUCUUUUUUGUUUUUUUAAUGAAAUUUUCUUUUGUCAUAAUGAAUAAUGUGUUUCUCGAAGGAUUCGACUUAUUUUUAUCAGUGUGUAUAGAUACACACACAUAUAUAUAUAUGUUCGAAGUGUCAGAAAAGUAUUAUUUGAUUUAUAUUUCUCUCUGAUAUAUCUUUUUGUUCUUUUACUUUUCUUUUUUUUUAAGAAAACACGUAUCGCAUAGUAGAUAUGCGCAUGAGUAUAAGAUUGAUACAUUAAAAAUCGGUAUACUUGAAAUAGGUACACCAUCUGUAAACUAAUCACAAUGCAUAUAUACAUUACAAUUAAAAAAAGAGAAUUUAUUUUUCUGCUUUAAGAUUUACAAGUAUUUAUUUUCUUUUUCUGGUAAAUAAUAAUUGAGUAAUUUUUAUUUUAAAACAUAGUAGGAUAUUUCUUAUAUUCCAUCCAAUCGCAAUGCGACGUUAUUUUCUUAUCAAAAGCUGUGUCCUAUUGAUUACGACUAUAAGAUGAUGGUGCCUUGUCAAGUAUCGUUAAACUUAUUUAGAAAAAAAAAAAAAAAAGUAAUAUACUCCAAUAUACUUUUUUAUUUGUAUUAUUUACCAAGUAAGGUAAAUUAAUACAUCUAUAUGUAUACGUACAUAUGUGUGGAUUCGUUUUCGAAGAUCGUUUCUUAUUCGAACUUGAAAAAUCGGGAAAUAAACGAAAAUCAAAAUGGCGUUUUUUUACGAUAAAAAUAGGUCAUGAUUUAGGGAAGAUACUAACGAAUUUGUUAGGAAAUAUUAUUUAUAAAAAUAAAUAAAUAAAUCAAUCAAUCAAUCAUUCAUUCAUCGAGAAAAAUUUAUAAGGAUACGUAUGAAACAUAAUAGUAAUAAUAAUAAUUGAUAAAUAAAUAAUUAAAAGCAAAACAUAGAAAAUAUAAACGCCAACGUCAGAGACCCCCGGUACGCUUUAGUAUUACGACACGCACAUUGUAAAGUAUAUAAACUAUAUAUUAAUUAAUGUUAUUAUUUAUAAUUUAUUAUGUAUGCCUGCGCUGUAUUGAGAGAGAAAGAGAGAGAGAGAGAGAGAGUGAGAGAAAGAAUGAAAGAAUGAAAGAAAGAAAGAAAGAAAGAAAGAGUUUUAAAAGAAUUUUCAAGCCCGAUCGUUCCUGCGGCUUGCAUUGUAUGUGUCACCCAUUGUAACAGAAUAUGCAAAUACGAAACAUGACAUACGUACUAUAUAUGAAAAGAAAUUUAUAUGUAUGGGUGUGUGUGUUCGUGAAGAAACUGUGCAUCAUUUCGUUCGUUGUCCGAAAAAAAAAACACUUUCAAAACCUACUUUCAUAUUUAAAUUCGAAUGGCGACAAAAUUUAAAGAGGGGAGAGAAGAAAUAAAUAAACGACAUAUUUUAAUUAAGAUCCGAAAAAAAUCGGACCGAGGGAUUGUGUUUGCACGGUUUUUAUGGUUCCUUGUUCAUGGUGAUAACUACUCAAUUCUUUUUUUGUCUCUUUUUGUUUUAUUUUUAUUUUUAAUUUUAUUUUAUAUUCUUUACUUCUUUCUUUUUGUCUGUACGACGUUUAAGUUAACUCCUCGUAGGGACAACAGUGUCUUUAGUCAGAGAUUUUGUAUUUUUUCUGAGCAAAUGCGUGCAAGACUGAAGAGGAAUGAAUGCGCCAAGAAGAGUUUGCGAGAAAGAUAUAUAUAUAUGUGUCGAAAAGAAUGUUGUAUUGAAAAAAAAAAUAUAUGAAAAAAAUAUGAAAAAAAAAAAAAAGAAUAAUAAUAAUAAUAAUAAUAAUUAUACAAAAUUGGUGAAUGUGUAAUAAUUUGACGAGUAAAUGAAAUUCAAUGAAAAUA